GAGGAGAGACAGAGACGCUGAGAGAGACAGAGACAGAGGAGGAGAGAGGGAGGAGGGACAAGAAAGGAAGGGAGAGAGACAGAAAGAGGGAGAGAGAGAGGGAGUCGGGCGCAGGAGAGAGGGAGAGCGCGGGAGGGAGGAGGGAGGGAGACUGAGGGAGGAGGCGGCGAGGAGCGCGCCGGCCGCGCGGGGGGGGGGGGGUUUGGAAAAAUGACUCAGUAAGUUCAGCGCGCCCGCUCCGGCCGGCCCUGCGCCUCCCGCCGCGCCCCGGGAUGUAUUCGUCCCCGCUCUGCCUGACCCAGGAUGAGUUCCACCCAUUCAUCGAGGCGCUGCUGCCUCACGUCCGCGCCUUCGCCUACACCUGGUUCAACCUGCAGGCGCGGAAGCGCAAGUACUUCAAGAAGCAUGAGAAGCGGAUGUCAAAAGAUGAGGAGCGCGCGGUGAAGGACGAGCUGCUGGGCGAGAAGGCCGAGGUCAAGCAGAAGUGGGCGUCGCGGCUGCUGGCCAAGCUGCGCAAGGACAUCCGGCCCGAAUGCCGCGAGGACUUUGUGCUGGCCAUCACCGGCAAGAAGGCGCCAGGCUGCGUGCUCUCCAACCCCGACCAGAAGGGCAAGAUGCGCCGCAUCGACUGCCUGCGCCAGGCCGACAAGGUGUGGCGGCUGGACCUGGUCAUGGUCAUCCUCUUCAAGGGCAUCCCGCUGGAGAGCACCGACGGCGAGCGCCUGGUCAAGGCGGCACAGUGCGGCCACCCGGUGCUCUGCGUGCAGCCACACCACAUUGGGGUGGCGGUCAAGGAGCUCGAUCUCUACCUGGCCUACUUCGUGCGCGAGCGAGAUGCAGAGCAGAGCGGCAGUCCGCGGGCAGGGAUGGGCUCCGACCAGGAGGACAGCAAGCCCAUCACACUGGACACCACCGACUUCCAGGAGAGCUUCGUCACCUCUGGUGUGUUCAGUGUCACUGAGCUCAUCCAAGUGUCCCGGACACCUGUGGUGACUGGAACAGGACCCAACUUCUCCCUGGGGGAGCUUCAGGGGCACCUGGCAUAUGACCUAAAUCCAGCCAGCACUGGCAUGAGAAGAACGCUACCCAGCACUUCCUCCAGCGGGAGCAAGCGGCACAAAUCGGGCUCGAUGGAGGAAGACGUGGACACGAGCCCCGGCGGCGAUUACUACACCUCGCCCAGUUCUCCCACGAGUAGCAACCGCAACUGGACGGAGGACAUGGAAGGAGGCAUCUCAUCCCCGGUGAAGAAAACAGAGAUGGACAAGUCACCUUUCAAUAGCCCAUCUCCCCAGGACUCGCCUCGCCUCUCCAGCUUCACCCAGCACCACCGGCCCGUCAUUGCCGUGCACAGUGGGAUCGCCCGGAGCCCUCACCCAUCCUCGGCCCUGCACUUCCCCACGACCUCCAUCCUGCCCCAGACGGCCUCCACCUACUUCCCCCACACAGCCAUCCGCUACCCGCCUCACCUCAACCCCCAGGACCCGCUCAAAGAUCUGGUCUCCCUGGCCUGCGACCCGGCCAGUCAGCAACCUGGACCGUUAAAUGGAAGUGGCCAGCUCAAAAUGUCCAGUCACUGCCUUUCCGCUCAGAUGCUGGCACCCCCGCCCCCCGGGCUGCCGCGGCUGGCGCUCCCCCCUGCCACCAAACCCACCUCCGAGGGAGGAAGCUCGUCGCCGACCUCGCCCUCCUACUCUACGCCCGGCACGUCCCCUGCAAACCGUUCCUUUGUGGGAUUAGGACCAAGGGAUCCAACGGGCAUUUAUCAGGCACAGUCCUGGUAUCUGGGAUAAGAAAGAUUUCUUCCCACGCCCUGCUCCUUCGUCCCGGGAAUCCCGGGGGGCUGCAUAGCUGGCCCCCGGCCCACGUUUUCGGUGGAAAGCUAAAGCAAGCAAGAACACCCCGCCGACGCCCAGCCCGGCCGAAAGACAAACCAUACAGACACAUACACACAGGAGGAAAAAAAGAAAGAAAAAAAGGAGAAAAAAAAAAAAACAAGGGAAAAAGAAAAAAGCCACACAUAAAAACAAACCCACCCAACCAAGAAGACAAAAGGUAAAGAUGGCAACGCUUCGGACUCUUGGGAAGCCACGGCCGGAUGGACUGGACCAGAGGGCCAGGCCCUGCCACCCCUGGGAGCCGGCGCGAAGGGGCCUCCCUAAGUUAUUCAUCUCCUCUCGCUGCUGCUGCUCUGGGAGGGACGGCCGCUCCCGCCUCUGCCCAGGACCAGGUGAGCGCAGCCUGGUGCCCGCGCCCGGCCAACAGGGCGGUACACCCAGCGAGGCCACCUCUCCACUGGACAUCAGCUGGGCCCCUGCGACUGUUUGCCAAGUGGGGAGGCAGGCCCCACGGGGCCAGGGCCGUGGAGGACCCCAGCAGCGGGCAUUGGAGGCAUUGGAGGCUACCAUGGAGGCCGAGGUGGGCAGGGAAGUGACGAGGGCAGAAGAGGGUUGUGGGGAGACCCCGGGCGUCGCCAGGGGCCCAGGACACGUGGCCAAUACUCUCAGGAGUGUCCUGUAGUCAUGGACCUCCGCCUGCCCCAGAGCGCACUGGGGACUUGGUCUUUCGCGAAGCCCCACGCCACCCGGUUUGGGAGAUGUCUCUAUGCAAAUGACCCCCAGCCCCACCCCAGGCAUAGGAGGCCACCCCACCGCACCCCAGCCCCGGCUCCACACCCCUGGGGGAGGGGGGGAGGGCUCCGAGUUGCACACACUGUAAGAAAUGCACUUUCCGAGGAAGGGGCUGGGGGCGGUGGAGGGGAGAGACCCAGAGCUCCCAAGGGGGCACCCCUCUGACUCUCCUUCCACCCAAGCCCUGAAAGGGGAGGACCCCCCACUUAGCCCAUGGAGGUGGGAGGUGAGAGCGAGUGGUUUAAGUGCCUGAUUCCCACCGCCCGCCCCCCUCCCCUUUGUCCAGCUGGGACGCAAGUGGCCGUGGGCAUCCUCCGCCCUCCUCCCCCAAAACCUGGUCCCUCCCGUCGCUGACCCCUCAUUGCUAUGCCUCCCUGGGAGCUAGAGAGAUGGGACCCCCGCCCCAAGUGGGCCCAAGGGGCAGAGCUGGGCAUCCCCCCAGCAUCCUGCCAUGCUGUGGCGCAGGGGUGGGAUCUGGGGAAGCCGGUGUGCCCCCCCACACACACCUCCUCUGCCAGUGCCUUACAUCCUGGAGCAACACCCCCUCCCUGGUGCCUCCCGGCCCAAAAGGGGACCAUGGUUUGCACUUUCAUCCCCCUCCCCAAAGUGGGGCACAACCGGGAGGUUCAUUGCAGCUGGCCCACCAGAAGGAGAGAAAGCCAGGCCGAGUGCAGUCCACAUGGCGCCUGGACGGGGAGGGUUCUGAAUGGGGGUGGGGAGGGUCAGCACCUCGGGGCUCCCUGCAGCCGGUUAGGGGAUCUCAUCCGCUAAGCGUUUUCCGUUGAGCCGCUCCAAAAACACUAAACCUGGGGAUACCAGGUGCCCCCUCACCCCAGCUGCCCAGCUCCAUCCCUGCCCCCACCCCAGGAUGGCCAUCUUGGGUGGGGGGGCCUGGGAGGGGGUGUUAGGUGUUCUAGGGUCACCAGGCCCAUCCGUCUGAGCCCCAACUGGUCUCCUCCAUGCCUGGCGCUGGGGAAUCUCUUCCCCACCACAUCCCCCAUCCCUGGGCCUAGGCCAAAGCCAUUGCCCUGGGCAGGGCCUCCACCUCCUCUGCUCCCAGCCUGGCCCUCUCCUCCGGUUGCCUAUACCCCGGGCCUGGUCAGCCUCCUCCCACCUCCCCAGACACCGGACUUUCCUCCCAAACGAGCCCAAGGGGCUUGGCAAACCCACUCGAUCAUAAGGAGAAAGACCCAAGACCCUUCCCACCAGCCCCCCUCCCGCUGUCCGGAGGGGUUUCAGAACCCUUGGUCCGGCUGUCCCCAGGGCCCCUCCACCAGGUGGCUGUUGGGGACCAAAGCAUGGGUCACUCUCCGGCAGGGCAGGAGGGAUGGCUCGUGCAGUUGAUGGUGUCUGGAAGCUUCUCAGCUGGGAACCUUAGGGUGCGGGUAGGCGGGGUAGGGGAGGGGGCACCUGGCGGGCCCCCAGCUACCUAACUUUGCAUGGUGCUUAGUCAAGGACUCCUGUGACCUGGCUCCUGACGUCAGCUCGCGGCGGCUGAUAUCUGCAUGGCAAAUUAUACCUGGCUCUAUCUCCCUUCCCCAGCCCUCCCCAGCCCUCCCCCCACCCCUCCUCUUUAAAAGAAAAAAAAGAUACAAAAAAAAAAAACCUUAAAAAAAUUCCAUGUUUCCUAAUUUGCACGAAAUUUUCUACCACAUGAUGUGCCUUGCCUUCCGAAAAUAAGUAUUACCUUUAAACAAUAUCAGCGCACACAGAUAGCUGCAUGCACUGCUCGUGUAGUUUAAAAAAAAAAAAAAAAAAAAAGACAGUGACAUGAAAUAAAAAGUAAAAAUUGAAAA